AUGUUCGUAAAUUGAUGUCAGUGUUUCAAACAUAUUUUGGCAACUGGCUUUUAAUAAAGUUAUUUAACCUUACAAAACGCGAUUUCAGAAUUUCAUUUUUACAUUUCGGGGUGAAUAUCUACAUUUGCUUGCAUCGAUUCGGCCUGUCGCCCAGGAAAGACGCCAGAAAAAUAGGGAAGUAUUUAUUUACUUGCUACUUCAGGAACGGAAACAGCGCGGCGGAUAUGGGGUAUUUAAAAUAAAUAAGAUAUGAGGGUUUUAUCACGGACUUGAUGUCUUGCAUAUACAUUCUUACGGAGUUCAUCGACUAUUACUAUGAAAUAUAACAGAUGACAUAUCGCAACCUCGGACCGAGAAGAACCAGCUUUGACGGAUGACAUUUGACACACUGCCGCCGCAAAAGAGCGCUGCAUCCCGGCUGCGAAAAGAUAGACCGUCGGUGGGGCACGGCCCAUAUUGGUUCCGUCUUCAAUUAGUCGACCAUGAUCAAAUACCUAGCUAGCUACUGCCACUUCCUUUGGACUUCAAAUUCGCCGUAAACCCUACAACGGAAAAGCGGCCUUGAAGUGUCGUUGGGAUACUGUUCGGUUUUCCACAUAAUUUUUUUACGGUGUACAACCUUCAUCAUCGUCAUCUUCAUCAUCAGUACCACCUCAGGCCUGGGCUUUCCCCUCCGCCUCCCCAGAACCCUGUUUCUCCCUACUGGAGGAAGACAAUCUCAAUGGGUCUGGAGAGUUGUUCCAUAUGCGCACCCUAGGCCCAGUCCACCCUAGGCCCAGUCCACCCUAGGCCCAGUCCACCCUAGGCCCAGUCCACCCUAGGCCCAGUCUAACAUCGCUCCACUCCAACCCCCCACAAACAUAAGAGCUCCCUCGCCCCCAUCGCCCCCUCCCUUCCUUCUUCUCUCACCAGCCCCUCCCACCACGCGGCCUCAUGGGUUCCAAAGAGAGGUCAUGGUUCAGCCCACACUCAGACUGACCCGUCGGUGGUUGUUGAAGUAAAGAUGAGUGUUCUGAUGUGUAUCAGGAGGGAAACUGGGCUUCAGGAGAAAUGACAUGGAAAGCACUGAGAACAGGAAGUGACCUCAGCAACGGUCCAUUUCCUGUUCGUCUAACGCCAGGAACCAGUCAAUGGAUAGAUGCUCAGUUCAGACCCGGAUCUCCAACACAUCAGUCCAGCUGCCUUCAUAAGUCCUUCAACAGCGACAUUAUUCACAGUGCUUUCCGUCAGCCUUUGUUAGCCCCCAGACCGUAACAGCGGACCAGGCAGGAGGAGGUCCCUGGCAGCGUCAGCUAACCUGUAACCCGGUCUGGUCGGCCAGUUGGUUGUUGGAUUCUGACUCUGCUGUUGCCCCAGGAAGAGGUUUCUCUAACUCUGACUAGCUUUGCAGUGUCUAUCGGUGGUCUGGGGGUGAGUUCCCCUGGCCUGUGGCCCUCGUUUGUGGGGUCAUUGUUGGGCGAGGCCCAGAUUUCUCCUCCCUGGUCCCUUGUCCGGCCUCCACCAUUCGCCCCUCCCUAGCCACGGCCGUCCUCCCCCCCCGCCCCCGUCCCCACCCUUCCUCCCCCCAUCACCAUCACCCCCCACACCAACACUCCCCUCAUCAUCACCUGCAGUCUCCGCCUCCGAACUCCUCCCCCGCAGCCACCACCAUGGCCACCGCCUCCACCACAGCUCGCGAGCACCUCCUGGUGGUGAGGAGGCGCAACCCGCACAUGCGCUACGCUAUCAGCCCCGAAAACCUGCGCUCUCUCUCGGCCCAGGGGGGUGAUGGGGUAGGCCCCAGGGGUCAUGGGAGUGAGAGGUCAUCUGGUGAGCGAUCAGGGGUCGGAGGGCAAGGAGAGGGUCACAGUGGCGGACUGCAGAGGGCCAAUAGUGACACUGACCUGGUUACCUCGGAGACCAGGUCGUCGCUGACAGCGUCAACGUAUGAGUUCACCAUGGGGCGGGGCCAAAACCUGGUCAUUAACUGGGACAUCAAGGAGGAAGUGGACGCCACGGACUGGAUCGGACUCUACCACAUUGAUGAGACGUGUCCUGCUAAUGUGUGGGACUCCAAGAACCGCGGGGUAAACGGAACCCAGAGAGGACAGAUCAUCUGGAGCCUGGACCCUGGACCUUACUUAAUGGAGCCUGAGACUAAGAUCUGCUUUAAGUACUACCAUGGAGUAAGUGGAGCCCUGAGAGCCACAACCCCCUGCAUCACAGUCAAGAACCCUGGUGUCCCUGUUGGAGCGGAAGGUCAAGCAGAGGGCCAGUCAGCCACAGAGAACUGUCGGAAACUUGUCAGCUUUACUUUGUCAGAUAUCCAUGCGUUGGGUCUUAAAAAGGGGAUGUUUUUCAACCCGGACCCCUACCUGAAGAUGUCCAUCCAUCCUGGGAAGAGGAGUGGCUUCCCCACCUUUACACACCACGGACAGGAGAGACGCUCUGCCAUCAUCUCCAACACCACCAACCCUGUCUGGCACGGAGAGAAGUACACGUUUGUGGCUCUGAUGACAGAUGUCUUGGAAAUCGAGGUGAAGGAUAAGUUUUCUAAAAGCCGACCAAUCAUCAAGCGUUUCCUGGGUCAGCUGACCAUACCAGUUCAGCGGCUUCUGGAGAGGCCUAACCCAGACGACCUGCCGCUGAGUUAUAGCCUAUGCCGUCGUCUGCCUACGGACCACGUGAGUGGCCAGCUGCAGUUCCGUGUGGACAUGACCUUUGGACAUGACGAGGGUUCUCCUGAUGCCAUGGGUUCCAUCCUGGGCUCGUCAGUGAACGGGGACCCUGGGAGUCCCUCUGAUGACGAGGACAUGCCCCAGCCCUCCUCCAGGGCCCGAGGCCCCUCCCCUACUGGGUCCGACACCUCCCUGCACAACGUAGAGGGUCAUGUGGAGAGGGAGGUGGACAUAUGGAGGGACACAGAGUGGCUGGAGGGGGAGCAAGACGCCCAAGGUCUGGCUGUCCCAGGGACCCACACCCAAAGACAGGUGUCCCUCAACGACUACCUGGAUGCCAUUGAGGCCCCAAAAGGCCCUGGAGAGCGUCCCCUUGGCGCAGCUUCGCCAAAGCUGAGGUCCAGCUUUCCCACAGACACACGGCUCAGCGCCAUGUUGCAUAUAGACUCUGAUGAGGACGAGGAGGCAGGGCAACCAAGAGACCACCUUCCGUCUGACAGGAAGCCUAUGCUGCCGCUUGAAAAUGGAGUGCAAGGAACUGGCAAGCGAGCGGCGUCGCCUGAGCAGGGCCAGGGGAAAGAGGGGCCAGGGGUGAAGAGAGGAGACGGGGACGGGGAGCAGGGAGACCAAGCUGGGCCUGAAACAGGCGCUAGGGCCGCGGCAGGAUCUGUGGCUCUGGUCAGAACCGGACCUGGGGCUGAGGCCAAGUCUGGGUCGUUUGUCGUGUCUGGUUCCAGAGCUGGUGACUCGCUAUCUCCAAUCCCUGAGUCUGGUGUGGCUGUGCAGGAGGUGGCAGAGGAGGUGGUUACAGAGGGCAGCCAGCUGCCAAAAAGCCCAGGGGGCACAGCACUUCAGGGGCCCCAUAGAAACUCACUGCCUGCUGUUCUGAAGACAUUCACUGCCCAGAAUGGAGAGAAGGAAGACCAAGUUGCGCCUAAAGCAGAGGAGGAGGCGGCGGAGUUAUCCAGUGAGGGAGGAAGUGCCAUCGCAGCUGUCACACCAACCAGGAAUGGCGUUGAUCAGGGAGGCGGGGACUCUGGCUCUGAUGUCACAGGAGCGAGGACUGCUGGCCCAUCCAACGCGGAGGAAGAGGACAGGGAGAUCUGGCAGAGGAGGCAGAGUAUGCAGGCAUCUGGGGGCGUGGCUUUGGAGGAGGGGGCGCAGCCUCCUGAGGCCGGUCAGGGUGACUCUGAAGGGGGUGGGGAGGAAGGCCCCACAGAUCAAGUCAACGGUCACCCGUCUGUCCGCUCGCUGCCUUCCGUCCGUAACGACAUCGGCCGCUACCAGAGAAUCGAUGAGCCACUUCCACCGAACUGGGAGGCCCGCAUUGACAGUCACGGUCGCAUCUUCUACGUGGACCACGUGAACCGGACCACCACCUGGCAGAGACCCACCGCCCCGCCGGCCCCGCAGGUCCUCCAGAGGUCCAACAGCAUACAGCAGAUGGAGCAGCUGAACCGCAGGUAUCAGAGCAUCCGCAGGACAAUGACCAAUGAGAGAGGGGCAGAGGAGCCCAACGCCCCUGCCGACGUGCCCCAGGAUGAGACGGACGUCACGCAACAUGCUGUCCCAGAAUAUCGUCGUGACGGCGUGGUGGCUCAAGCUAGCUCGCGUUCUCGCCUCAGUCUGCUCCUCCAGUCUCCAAGCGCCAAGUUCCUGACCAGCCCAGACUUCUUCACCGUGUUGCAUUCCAACCCUAGUGCCUACCGCAUGUUUACGAGCAACACCUGCCUGAAGCACAUGAUCAGCAAGGUGCGUCGUGACACGCACCACUACGAACGCUACCAGCACAACCGGGACCUGGUGACCUUCCUCAACAUGUUCUCCAACAAACAGCUGGAUCUACCCAGGGGCUGGGAGAUGAAGCACGACCAGACUGGCAAGCCUUUCUUUGUGGAUCACAACUGCCGAGCGACUACGUUCAUCGACCCGCGCCUCCCUCUGCAGAGCAGCGUCCGUCCCAGCAGUCUCCUGGCCCACCGGCAACACCUGACCCGGCAGCGGAGCCACAGCGCCGGGGAGGUCAGCCCGCGGCAUAUGGUGGGUGAAGACCCUCGCCACUCCUCCUCAGGCCCCCCCGUUCUGCCACGCCCCUCCAGCACCUUCAGCUCGGUGGCAAACCGGAGCCAGUACCAUGACCCGGUACCAGUGGCUUACAACGACAAGAUAGUGGCGUUUCUACGCCAACCCAACAUCUUUGAGAUCCUGCAGGAAAGGCAGGCGGAGUUCAUCAGAAACCACUCGCUCAGGGAGAAGGUGCAGCUGAUCCGUAAUGAAGGAGCCUCUGGAUUGGCCCGACUGUCAGGAGAUGCUGAGCUGGUCAUCCUGCUCAGCCUUUUUGAGGAAGAAGUGAUGUCAUAUGUCCCUCCCCAUGCCUUACUGCACCCCGGCUACUGCCAAUCACCACGGAGUUCUCCCGUGCCCUCCCCUCAGAACUCACCAGGAACGCAGCGAGCUAACGCCCGCGCUCCGGCCCCCUACAAGCGAGACUUCGAGGCCAAACUGCGUAACUUCUACCGCAAGCUGGAGACCAAGGGCUAUGGCCAGGGCCCAGGGAAGCUGAAGCUGAUCAUCCGCAGGGAUCACCUCCUGGAGGACGCCUUUAACCAGGUGAUGUGCUACUCCCGUAAGGACCUGCAGAGGAGCAAGCUGUACGUCAGCUUUGUGGGAGAGGAGGGGCUGGACUACAGCGGCCCGUCCAGAGAGUUCUUCUUCCUGGUGUCGAGAGAGCUGUUCAACCCCUACUACGGCCUGUUUGAGUACUCGGCCAAUGACACGUACACCGUGCAGAUCAGCCCUAUGUCCGCCUUCGUAGACAACCACCAUGAGUGGUUCCGCUUCAGUGGGAGAAUCCUUGGCCUGGCUCUGAUCCACCAAUACCUGUUGGACGCCUUCUUCACCAGACCGUUUUACAAGGGCCUGCUACGCAUCCUGUGUGAGCUGAGUGACUUGGAGUAUCUCGAUGAAGAGUUCCACCAGAGUCUUCAGUGGAUGAAAGACAACGACAUAGAAGACAUGUUGGACCUCACCUUCACCGUCAACGAGGAAGUCUUCGGACAGAUCACAGAGAGGGAGCUGAAGGUGGGUGGGGCCAACAUCCCUGUGUCAGAGAAGAACAAGAAGGAGUACAUAGAGCGCAUGGUGAAGUGGCGUAUCGAGAGGGGAGUGGUACAACAAACAGAAAGUCUGGUCCGCGGCUUCUACGAGGUGGUGGAUGCCAGGCUGGUGUCCGUGUUUGAUGCCAGGGAGCUGGAGUUGGUGAUCGCCGGCACUGCUGAGAUAGACCUGGCGGACUGGAGGACCCACACAGAAUACAGAGGAGGUUACCAUGACAACCACAUAGUGAUCCGUUGGUUCUGGGCAGCUGUAGAAAGAUUCAACAAUGAGCAGAGACUCAGGCUGCUGCAGUUUGUGACAGGGACAUCCAGUAUUCCCUACGAAGGUUUUGCCUCUCUCCGUGGCAGCAACGGCCCCCGCAGGUUCUGUGUGGAGAAAUGGGGCAAAGUUUCCUCUCUACCCAGGGCUCAUACUUGUUUCAACCGGCUGGAUCUCCCUCCAUAUCCUUCCUUCUCCAUGCUGUACGAGAAGAUGCUCACUGCCGUUGAGGAGACCAGCACUUUUGGCCUUGAAUGAUGACCCUUGACUUCUCACCUUUAACUUUUCAUCUUUAAACCCAUGGUUUCUCCUACCCUUCCCCUCCACCCACUACGACCUUUGACCCUGCUCUGAACUAUAGAACCAAAGCAGUAGAUGAACCUCAAGAGGAUUUAGACGGGUGACUGACUGACUAUUCUGGUUCUGACCCGUAAUACACCAUCAAACCGUUGAACAGACCUGGACCAGACUGAUGAUUGUUAGGGUUGUGCAUUGCCUACCCAAAUUAGACGGCGCACGCCCUAAACGCACUUGAUACUUCAUUGGACCAAUGGACCAUUGUCUCGUAACUUAAAACCCCAAUCAAUCACAAUGAUUAAGACUUGGAUUUUGAAUGAUGCUGGUUAUCUGGCUUUUCCUGGAGCGGAAAUGAACCAUGCAGCUUUUAAAGAGCUUUGCUUCUCAGAGGCAGAGGGCGGGGUACAAGCUGGGACCAGAAACAGACAGGAAGUUGCAUAUGAGGUCUGUUUUUUUUUUGGAGAGGGGUGAAAGACCAGAGUGUUAAGAAAAAUAUUGUGCUUUGGCCACACCUCUUGUCCUGUCAGGGAGGAAAUGAACUAAUCAAGUUCCAUCUUUGUGGCCCGGGACCUUGUAAAACACUCUGUCAGGCAUGUUCUAAAAUUCUAGAACAGAACACGGAAGUAACCUUCUCAUGAUGUGAUGGUUUUCAGUAAGAUAAAUCUAAAACUGGAUAUCUGUAAAGUUUUUUGUUUAUCUGCGAUGUGAAUUUUGUAAAAGCCACAAAUGGUGAUAUGGUUUUGAAUGUACUCACUGAUAUCAUGAUGAUGCGCUUGGAUGUGUCGUUUUUCUAGUUCUCUUAAUGACUCAGUUUGUGAAUACUCUAAAAUGGCUGCCUCAUUCUUAAAUUUCAGGGCAAGCUAUUAACAGCAGGAAUAACCAAACUCACCUUUGGUUUGUUAAAAGAAGACAUUAGAAUGAGUUGGCUUUCCCAUCAUGUAAAAAACUUUUACUCUCACUUUCAGUGUUUUAGUUAUUGUCAUUGUUAGUAUGAGAUUGUCUUUGUUGCUUUAUCACUGAACCACACUGCCAGACUUAAAAGUUCACCAAACUUUCUCUAAUACAUUUGUUUGUUGCUCUUGUUUUAACGUACUUAACUGUGAUUAUUUAUCUUCUACUUUUGAACUUGGUGUACAUUUAUAAUUAUUACCACCUUAUUUAAUAUGUUGUUAUAAUCUGCCCCUGUGGGUUGUGACAGUGAUGGGACAUCAUACACCGGACAGUUCUAUCAAGACAAGGAUUGUGACACAAUGGUAGAUGUUAUUUUUCCCAUGACCCUGACAGUGAAAGUAAUCAACCUAGUGAUGAACAGCAUGCAUGUCAAGACACACACACACACACACACACAACCGUACUACAUGUAUUUCACUGAUCUUUGUUUGAUGGUGAGAUGAGUUGAAGGAAUGAUAGCUACAUAGGGAACCAUGACCACAUGUUUUUCAGUAGUCAUACACAAUUAUAGGUUCCCACAGGGACAUGCAAAUACACUGCCUGUUUUGACUAAAAAAAAAAAGAUAAUUUUAUACUCAUAUCUACUGUGCAAAGAAGUUAAAGAAUUAUGAACAAUCGUACGAAGGCUCAUAGAAACAAACACACAUAUACAUGCGUCAUGUUUCUUUGUGCUCACUAUUUCUGUCAUAUUCUGCGUUUGUUUGCCCUCUGAUAGAAACACGUCCUGAUCUCAGGUCCCAUUCCAGGUCGCCUUUAUUCCAGUCAUGUUGCAGGCUGAGCAUCUCCUCAUAUUUGUCCCACCUGCAAACCCUAUUAACAUUAUUCCUGAGACGUGAAGAAAUUGCUGCCAGGCCGCGUGACGGAAUAUAUGAGUAGUGCAUCCGUUGCAACAAAUAAGACACGGAGCCCCACCCAAUCGCCUCCCAGCGGUCACAGCCCCUGUCUGUGUAUAAUGUAGCCAACAGAAGGAAAGUAAGGGACGGAAACGUAAUAACUUCCAGUGUUUUCUGACAUCAUUCUGGGCCCUGCGGUCAGUGAGACAGGGGGCAGAUAUAUUAUGCUUUAUGGUAGGUGUGUGCACACUGACAGUGGCAUUGUGGUAAUAAUGUACAAGAACGGGGAUGGCAUGCAAGGAAAAAGAAAGUUUUUACUUGCUGACAGUAUAUCUUCUGGUCAUUCUGUCUCCCUCUCUGCAACUGAAUGUUUUAGCUGUGGCUAUGUAUUUGCACUGACUAUACCAAAUGUUUUGAGGCUUUAAUUUGGUCUUUUGAGGCUAUCCAUCUAAGUCUCUGUCUCUCAGCCUUUAUUGUCAUCACAAUAACAACAUUACCGAGCAACUGAUUCAGCCCACUACUUUUUUACUCACAGGAACACUUUGACUACUACAUAUUGUGCAUACUACCACCUGGCACCUUUGUGACCAAUUUGAAAGUUGCAUCCAUGUUUCAGUUGUUCUUACCUUUUUGUACUGGAAUGUUCCAUCUGUUCCUCUCCGGUUGGGUGGCUGUCUCCCUGGCCCUGUGAUGGGAUGGGGGGGUUGGGUUCAAGGCUGUGUCUUUGUCAGAGCUCCACUCUAUGCAAAGCUUUUUUCCCCAAGUCACUAUCAUGAUUGUAUUAAAAAAAAAA